UGUACACUCGCCUAGGAAAAAUGGCAGACGUACGGCCGCCACCCCUUCGGACCCUGGAUGAUUUCCUCCUGAGCUCGGCAAGGUUCGCCGUGCCCGAUGUUCGCGACCUGGACCGCUGGAACAACCGCAUCAUUAACAACCUACUAUACUACCAGAGCAAUUAUUUCUCGUCCGUGCUGGGCUUCGUGCUCCUAGUGGGGUAUUUCCAGCCCUUCCAGUUGUUUGUUGGGGCAUUGGUGGUCACCUUGUUGUUCCUUGGCUUUGUCUGGGCUGCCGAGAACCGAGCUCCCAUUCGCCGUUUCCGUAGAAACCACCCAUCAGUCUGUGUGUUGGUCAUUCUUUUGGCCAGUUACCUCUUCAUAUUGGUGCUGGGAGGCGUGGCUGUGUUCCUGUUCGGGAUAGCCUUCCCUAUACUGAUGGUUCUGGUCCAUGCGUCGGUGAGACUGCGUAGCCUGAAGAACAAGCUGGAGAAUAAACUGGAAAGCAUCGGUUUGAAGAGGACACCCAUGGGACUCCUGUUAGAGGCCCUGGGGCAGGAACAGGAAGCUGGAUCCUAGAGGGGAAGAAGAGGAGGAGAAGGUGUGCAAGAGUAUAGGAUAGGUUGGUUCUAAUCACAGGGAAGUAAAGAGAGAUACGGAGGGGAAGAAGUGGGUGGGAAAUAGGAAGAGGAGAGGAAAAACAUAGGAGAAGGAGAGAAUUACUGCCAUAUGAAGAAAAAACAGAAAGAACAAAAGAGUCAUGGAACAACAGGGGUGGUUUGGUUUAUUAAAAAGAACCAAUCAUAAGUCAGCAGUGAAGGAUGAGACCUAUUCUGCGGUCCAAUAGGAAAAGGACAGAAAUCGUCAUAAAAAUGUUUAAAUCAUCCCUGAUUGUUUCUUGCCAAACCUUGCACUUUAAGCAUACUUCGUUUUGUUUCAUUUAUUUUGACAUACCUUUCUGUCUUUGUACUACAUUUGUGUGCAGUAUUGUAGGCAUGGUGUGGAACGUAUUCUGCUUUCUGUUGAGCACAGUGACAUUGAGGCUUGAUAUGAUAUAUUACCAUAUGUCAACCAGUUAUGACCAGUGUUUUAUUUGAAUAAUUGUUAGCUGCCUGAGAAAGUAAAAUGAUCAAGUAAUUCAAAAAGUCACAAGAAAGUUUGAUGAAUGUUCACAAUUUUAUGUUGCAGAAAUAGGUUUUUUUCUGAUUUGCUACCCUUUUGGGGUCCCAUACCCCAGGUUGGGAACCACGGUGACAGAUAAUAAAAACUUCUGCACCUGGGUUUAUAAUAUGUGAGAAAAAAUUCCAACAUUUCAAAAAUAGUCAUAAUUUUAUCCAAAAAUGUAACGGUUUGAGAAUAAAGUUGUUAUUUUACAAGAAAAAGACGUAAUAUUAUAAGAAUAAAGCCAUCAGCUUGGUUAGUAUCAUACCAGCAGAGAAUUACACAGCACAAUACAGCAGUGUUCUGGCUUAGACAGGCAUGAAGUCCAUUGGAUCGAAUCAUUUUCCAAUGCCAAAGGUUGUGUUUUGAUCUCUGCGCUCUUUUGCUCAGCUGUCUGGAGGAAACCAAGACUCCACUGUUGUCCAGGUGAUGCUUCAAAACAUGUUAUAAACUUGUACAUCAUGUAAUGGGUUUCAUUUCAAAAUUCAUGAGAAUAAUUUGCUUAUUGGUUAAAGAAAACAAUGUAAGUUGAGGCCAUCCACGUGACUCAAAUGACAUGUUAAAGCUGACUGCCCCGUUUACCGCAACGGAGGAUUAAAAUCUGCUAUCUGUUAAAGUUUCUUGUGAAGUUACAGCUGUAUAUGAAAAAAUUAUGACUUUUCUUUUAGUAGCAUUAGAACUAAUGACUUUUUUCUUGUGAAAACGCAGCUUUAGUUUUGCAAUUACUCAUUUUUCUUGUAAAAUCAUGAUUAUUCUAAAAAUGUAACUUGAUUCUCAUAACAUUAUGACUAUUUCCUCAAAAUAUUUGGACUUUAUACUUGAAAUCUCAAGAAAUUUUUUCCUCACCAUCCAUAGAGUCUCAGUACAAACUUCAUAUGCACAAAAAAGGAAGACCAAAGUGUUGUAAUGCUAAUAGGCUUUGUCAGUCUUUUCGGUGUUUCAGUCUUUCAGCAUUCUCUCUUUAUAGCGUAUGUAAAGAAAGAAAAUAUUAUUCAUGAGGAACAACAGAGCAACGUGCAAGUAAAUAUGUCUAUACUCUAAAUACAGAACAAUACAAGACAACAGAUACAACAAAAGUACCUACCAAGGUAUCCAACAGGUCCAUUAUGGCUACAGAACACUGCUAAUGUAGUGGAAAUGUCGAGCACAUAUACUGUAAGAUUUAAGCUCGUAUAUGUUCUAGCUAUUUCCCCGCAAUGUCUUAAUUUGGAGAGGAUCAAUCUCAUUUUUACCAGUGUUUAGUCUUUUCAUCAAAGAACUUAAUCCAUCCUCUUGAAUUGUUUGUCCUGUUGGUGAAGCUGUCUUCGUGAUUUCCAGUUGUUGUCACUAAAACCUCCCAUCAUACAGCAAGAAGCAUUAGAAAGAAGUGAUAUGAUCUCACCCCACUGGAAGACUCUUCAUUUGAUUUGACUUGAUAAGAUGGACAUUUUUAGCAGAGCAGAUGGAGGUGAUACGGUGUCGGUGAGAUUGGAGUAACUAGACCUGCAUUUACUGACUUCAAAUGAAUUCCUGUUUCAUUCAGUGUUUACAUUAGUUUGUGUUGGAUUGAAAAGUGACUUAAAUGCUUAAAUAAGCUUCAGUUCAGGGAAAUCAGAGGUUUUAUAUGAAGAGCCAGUUCAGAACAAAUCUCAUCAGCUCCUUCAGUCUGCGGCUCUCUGUUGAGCAUCAAAGAGUUGAUGCAGGAUCUAUGGGAGAAGAAGGAAAAAUGAAGGAAUCAGAGAGGAACUAGUGCAGAUCUUCUGUCUUAAACCUAAUCCUUUUAGUAAACACAUUUCUCUGCCUGUAUUUGUCCAGAGGAAAAGGCUUCACCCACAGAGCUGCAUAUUACCGUCCUUCUCUGCGAGUCCGUGGGAACUGCCAAGUCUUCCAGUGCUAGCAACUGGGAGAAGCUCCCGUGUAUCAUAUGAAUCAUUAUGAAUUGACCCUUAAUUCCUUUUCUAACUUCAAUCCUUGUUACCACAAAAUGCCACUAACCAAUAAAGUUAGUUUGUUGUUGUGCCGAUUAAUAUUCAGCAGUGUUCUCAUCUAAUGUUAUUUUUUUCAUGACAGUUGCUUGAAUUACAGACACGUGUAAACUAGUCCUAAACUGACCGACACCACUUGUGUCAAGCUGGUGAUGGUCUAAGAGUUAUGGGAAUGGUGUUCUUUAAAGCUCAGUAAAACAGAAAUAUUCAUGUUGUUAUAUCAUUU